AUGCCUGAAACUCAAAGGAAGGAAACAAUUGCCCUCAUCGGCUUGGGCACAAUUGGCCUCUCAUUCGCCGCGCUGCAUCUACGCUAUUCAAACGCCAACCUCAGACUGUAUGAUGUCCGUAGUGAUUUGAAGGAGCACAUCGAAAGCCUCCUACCGGUGUAUCUCGAAUCGACAAAGAAGGAAACUUCACAGCCCAUUCUUCCAGUCGAGAAACUCGUUGCCGACGGUCGGCUGCUUGUAUGCUCUUCGAUAGAGCAAGUUUGCUCUGGGGCAACAAUCGUCCAGGAGCAAGGACCUGAUAGUGUUGAGUUCAAAAAGUCGAACUGGACUGAAGUCGUGAAAUACGCACCUCCGGAUGCCCACUUAUGGAGCUCUACGUCUGGGAUAAGUGCAUCGAGACAGGUGGAGGAUCUAGAGGACAAGACCAGAGUCCUCGUGGUUCACCCUUUCAAUCCUCCUCAUAUAAUGCCGUUGAUUGAAGUCGUCCCCUCGCCUCAUACGGAACCAGAACGAGCUCAAUUCGCAAUCGACUACUUCAAAAAUCUCGGCUCCGGCCAUCGUCCUGUCAGAAUCAACAAAGAGACCCAAGGCUUCGUUGGAAACCGUCUGGCAUUCGCUCUAUUCCGUGAAGCUUGUCAUCUAGUCUCAAACGACGUUGUCUCAUUGGAAGACCUUGACACUAUCGUUGAGGCCAGCAUAGCACCACGCUGGGCGGUAGCUGGACCUUUCAAGACAUACAACAGUGCUGGUGGAACUGGAGGAAUCGGAGCAUUUCUUCACAAUCUGGCCGAUACAAUGGAAGCUUGCUGGGAUGAUGCCGGAGGUAUUAGUCUCAAGGGGACGUCUGCAACUAAAACUGGUCAAGGAACUGAUGAUGGGGACUGGACGGACAAGAUCACGAAGGAAACGGAACAGGUUUAUGGACGACCAACAGUAGAGUCACUGGCAAAGCGCGAUCGGAACUUGCAGAAGCUCAUAGCAGCUCAACCGAAAAUAGACUAG